AUGGCAACAUCUAGAGACUGUUCAAAAAUGGUUGCUUUUAUUUGUUUACAAUUUGUUAAUUCUACAAAUCAUCAAUUAAGUGGAAGAGCAGAGAAGGUUGAAAUUAAACAAAAAAACUCCACAAAAUAUGCAGAUUACCAAAUUGCCAAUAUUCACAAUCCAGAAGUGAGAUUCUUUUUUUGCAACAGAGAAUGGAAUGGGAUAUCAAAAUUUUAUAUUAAAAUCCAAAGAAACAAUGUAUGCACUGAUUCACUAUCGUAUAUUGUCGACAGCUGGCCUAUAUCUUAG